GGAUAGCAUGGGUGCCUCACAGUUCUGUAGACUGCGAUUUAAAUCCCGGCGCCACCUGUGUGGAGUUUGCAUGUUCUCCCUGCAUGUGUGGGUUUUCUCAGGGCACUUUGGUUUUCCUCCUACAUCCCCAAAACAUGCGAUUGUCUGGAGACCCGUUCAGCAUAUAUCCUUUCCUCUGAAUAGUUCUCAAUAGACGGAUGGGGUGGUGCCAAAUAGGUGUAGCACAGUAUGCCAUACAAGCUAGGACUGCCACUAGUUGUCAUCGCGGUCGCCUCCUUUUUGUUUUCAUUAGUCAACAGACCACAUCCUAUCCGUUUGACUUCUACCCUGCUCUUAUGAACUGGAUUUAAACCAACUUUAGUCAUUAUCCCCGAUGAUAUUGCAUACUUCGACGACCUCCACUGGACGAAGGGGCGCGAGCUGGUUUACAGGAGGUCAAAGAGUUGCAGGAUGAGAAGGAAAUUGAUGAAACACAGACGUUAUUGCCAGUUGACAUGCGUUACAGUUACGAGGACCUUUACUCCAAACCAUUCAUCACACCUGAGUCUGACAUUCCGGAGAACCUCCUGUUCCUCUCUCACUCUUUUGGCUACGACUGUGGGCGCAGAGCCAACCUCCAGCUGCUGGAUGACAGAACUCUAGUCUUUAUAGCUGGUCAGCUGCUCAUCCUGCUUGAUGUUUGCACCAAGCAACAGAAGUACCUCCGCUCCUCCAGUGGUUGUGGUAUUGGCUCCAUUGGGGUAAGCCAAAGGAAAGAAUAUUUCGUUGUGGGAGAGAAGGGAAGAAAACCCAUCUUGACAGUGUAUAAAUAUCCUUCAUUACAAGCAUACCGCAUCCUGAGACAGGGCACAGAGCGUGCAUUCAGCUCUGUGAACUUUAACAGUGAUGGGAGUCUUCUGGCCAGUCUGGGCAGUGCACCAGACUACAUGCUGACAGUGUGGAACUGGAGGCAGGAGGAAGUUAUGCUCAGGUGCAAAGCCAUUUCUCAAGAGGUUUACAAAGUGAGCUUCUCCCCAUACAACCCUGGACUACUGACAUCGUCAGGAUCUGGACACAUUAAGUUCUGGAAAAUGGCCAGCACAUUUACAGGUCUCAAAUUGGAAGGGCUGAUUGGCCAUUUUGGAAAAACUGCAGCUACAGAUAUUGAAGGCUACAUCGAACUUCCUGAUGGAAAGGUGGUAUCUGGAUCAAACUGGGGCAAUUUACUGCUCUGGGAUGGAAAUGCCAUUAAAGUGGAGCUCUGCAGCAAGGGCGGACAGUGUUGUCAUGCUGGGGUUGUCCAGCCUUUUGCCCUGGAGGAUGGACAGCUCAUGACCUUUGGCGCUGAUGGAAUGAUCCGGGGCUGGGACUUUGAGACCAUCGAUGCCGCUGACAGUAGCAGUGAAAACAACAAGUUUGAGAUGGAGGCCAUCAAUGAGAUGACAGUUGGGCGCCAUGUCUCCAUUUUUUCCGUUGUUAAAAGCUCCCAGCCUGACUCUACAGUUUGGUUUGCUCAGGAUACCAAUGGAGCAAUUUGGAAAGUGGAUCUUUCAUUCACAUACACAACUCCUGAUCCCGAGUGCCUGUUUUCCUUCCAUGCUGGGGCAAUUAACGGCCUUGAUGUGUCAAAGAAGAGUCAUCUCAUGGCCACGACUGCUCUGGACCGUUCAGUCAGAGUCUUUGACUUUCUGGCAAAAACAGAACUGACAUGUAACCGCUUCACUCAGGGUGGAACUGCUCUCCACUGGGCCCCACCUACGGUGAACCAGACUGGAAGUUUACUGGUGACUGGCUUUGAAGAUGGCGUUGUGCGCUUAUUGGAACUUUAUGACCCAUCAGGCCUUCAAAUAGUAACCAGGCACAAUCUUGAGGCCCAGCUGCGCCUCAAACAAGCCUUCAAACCCCAUAAUGCCCCAAUCACCACAGUUGCAUAUGAAUGCAAUGGAGCGAUAUUAGCCACUGGGAGCUCGGACUGCACUGUGUUCUUCUUCACUGUUGAAGAAAAGUAUGAGCCAAUCGGUUUUGUCUCUGUUCCUGGACCAGUACAGGUACUGGAGUGGUCACCUCAUUCCCAUCAAGACAACAAUCUGCUAAUCCUGUGUCUAAGUGGUCAUGUUGUAGAGGUACCGUGUCCUGAUCCUAAAACCUUGCAGACAGCCAAAUCCUACCAACUACUUGAACUGCCCAGAAGAACCUUUCGCUUCAAGAGCAUCAAAUCUCGAAUCAGAAGAGAGGAGGAAAUAGCAAGACGGCAAGCAUUUAAAGAAAAGCGGAAGAAGGAAAGGGAGAAAAAUAAAAUCACUGAUGAAGAGGAAGAGGAAGAGGAAGAGGAGGAGUUGCCUCGUAUCUAUAUCCCUGACCCGCCAUGUCCUCUCUACUGCGGUUUCUAUUCAAAGCCUGGCCAAUUCUGGCUCUCAAUGGGAGGAUAUGACUCUGGUUUCUUGUACCACUGUAAAUUCUCUAAGAAUCAGGAUGAGAAUUCAGAAAAAUGUCCAGUUGAGCCAUUUGACUUCCUGGCUAUCCAAAAUGCUGAUGGUGACCCCAUUCGAUCAGUGACCUUCAGCUCCAACAGACAUCUGAUGUUCUGUGGCAUGCACUCAGGCUCCAUCAGAGUUUAUCCUUUGGAUCCUGACGAUCACGCCCUAACCUCUAUGCAGCCAUACUGGGAACUUAGCAUCCAUGACAGUAAUUAUGGACACCUGCGGCACAUCUGUUGCAGCUAUGAUGACCAGUUUGUGCUGACAGCGGGAGAUGAUGGGAACAUCUUCUCCUUCAGCCUGCUUUCUGAUGAGGAGCUGCAGAAAGAACUGCGGAAAAAAAAGGCCAAGGUUCCGUCACCAAGGGUGGGUUUGGAGAAUGAGGUGUUAGCCAAAGACAUUGAUGACCCAGCAGCCUACAGCAUAGAGACGGCCAAACAGAAGCAAGAGAAAGACCGCCGGCGUCGGGAAGCUGACAAGAAGAUAAUGACCAAACGAAAAAGGCUUGCUGUCCUCCAGAGCAAGUUUAAAAUACUACUGAAUGACAACCUUAACCUACCAGAACACAUUCAGCUGACUCCUACGGAACUGAUUUUGGACCAACGUUUCGAAGAGCAAGCUGAGAAUGAGAAGAUUAGGCGAUUAAAUGAAGUCCAACACCAGAUGAGCUGGCAAGAGGAGCAUUCCCAUUUAUCACUCACAAAGCUACAAGACUGGUUCAUUGGCUCUUCAGAGUCUAAAGUUGUCACUGUGUUCGCCAUCCGCACUGACCACAGAGUCUCAACCUACUAUAUUCCAAGUCUUCCUUCAACCCGCCUCCAACAGCAGAGCGGUUCCAUCCAUUCUGGUAUCGAUGAAACCGCUCUGGCUGAAUGCCAAAAAUCCAUAGACCAUCCUGAAAAAGACAGUAGUGAAACAGAUGAGGAAGAUGUACCUCCUACCCCUGUGUCUCGUGCUGGGGUGCAGGUAGCAGAUCGGCAGGUUGAAAGGCUCCAAAAAGCUGCAGAGAAAGCUGAACAAGCACGAGCCAAGAUUGCGAAAAGGAAGCAGGAAUGGGAUAAACUUUAUGCAGAGAAGCCACAUAAGGACUGCGAAGAUCCACGAGACGUGCAGGCCAUCUUUGAAGCUGAAGAGAGCAUUGGAGACUUGAAACUUAAAACAGACAAAAACUUCACCGUACCGAAACACCUACGAAUGAGUGCAAACAGAAAGAAAGUUGAGAUGAUAAACCUAGAGGACAAUAUACGUGAAAAACAGACUGAGAUGAACCGAGAGAUUUUGGCCUUGCGGGACUUCAAACUUCUCCUUUUAUCAAAACUGGGAGCCCAGGCUAAGCAGUUUCAGAGGAUCCAAAAUCAUCUGCCAUCAAAGCUCCGCUGCUGUCCACCCCAUGCACCCACCAUACGACUCGAGGAAGUACCUGAGAAGAGCCUGCAAUGCACCCGAGCCAUCCUAGAGAGAUACAGGGUCCUGAAGGAGAAAAGGUCAAAGGAUGUAGAGCUGGAGGAUCAGGAGAGCAGGAUGAGUGUGGUAGAUGACCUAGAAAAGGAGAUUGAACUGCUGGAGAAAAUGGAAAAUGAAUCAGGUACAUCUCCAGAGGAGCCCGUGAAGGAGGAAGAAGAGCUGAAUGAGGAGGAGCUUCAAAAUAUGAAACAGGACGCAUUGCUAGACAUGCGAGACUUUCUACUGGAACAGAUGAAUAGCUUGGUGGAGCAAUUUGAUAAGGAGCACCUGAUGUGUCUUGAGAAGGUACAGAUGCUGGACUGGAAGCUAAAACUUGGUAAUCUCCGUCAGUUGACACUCUAUCAGGAGCUUCUGCUCCUCAAAGAGGUGGACAAGAGUGAGAUGAUUCUGCAGGACAAGCUUGACAAACGUCUGAAAGAGGAGGAUAACUUAAAGUCCGAGCAGGAAAAAUUUCGGAAGGCACUGGAACUGAAGCGUAAAGACAUAGCAAAACGUCAGGAGAAAGAGAAAUCUAAUACUGCAGCCUUCCAUGCCUUGCUCGGUGAUGACAACAACUUUGAAGAGUAUCUGACCAAAGUUUACAAGAAGAAGAUCAAACGUGUCAAGAAGAAGGAGCAAGGAAGUGAAGAAGAGGACGAAGACAGCAAUGAUGACUUUGAUGAUUACGAAAACUGGGAUGAUGAUGACGAUGAUGAUUGGGAUGCGUUAGAUGGAGAUGGUGCUGUGGAAGAAUGCCCUCAAGGAUGUGACCCAAAACUGUAUGACGAUGUACUGGAGCUACGUGAACGUCGUCUGGAUCUGGAAGAGCUGCUGGCAGAGGAGAAGAAGAAUGCUGAACAGCUGGAGAAGGAGUGUGACGCCCUUGUAAAGAAGAUGAAAUCAGUCAAAAUCAGUCUUAAGGCAGCAGAGGAUGACUUGGAGGAGGUCAACAGGGAAAAACAGCAGAAAAUGAACCAACUAGAUGUUGUGGUUCCUCUUAGGCUGCACCAGAUUGAGAUUGAUAUGUCUGGCCAAGUGCCUUCAGACCUAAGUUCGGCAUUGGUCCUCACUAGGAUGGAGCUACAGCGGCUCCAGGAGCGUGUGGAUGAGUUGGAGGUAGAAAAGCUUCAGCAGACAGAGGUGUAUCGUCAGGCCCGUCAGCAGCAUAUAAGGCUCAUCAAAGAACGCAAGGACAUGAGCAACGAGAUCCAGUCGCUGGAGAAGCUCUGUCACCAGCUGAUGAUGACAAGGUUUGGGAGGGAGGUGGAUAUGGAGGUUUUGCAGACGCUGUGUGUCAACAAGACAGUUGCAGAGAUGAAGCAGGAAAAAAUCUUGCGAGACAUUGCAAAUGCCAAAGACAUCCAACAAUGGGAUAGAAAAGUAGAAAGGGCUCGUGAAACGCUGAUGGGGAUGACAAGGAGUAACUCAGAGCGCCUCAUCUGCUUGAAUAGCCUCUUUGAACAGAAGAAGGAGCUGGAGCUGAAACUUUACUCAAGACAAAAGAAAAUUGGCAAGCAUCUUCAAGCCUGCAGCAGGCGGGCAGACAGAGGUCAGAUUUGGAGUCUUCAGGAACUGGUGAGAAAACAGUCUGAGCAGAUAGAGAGGCUAUCCAAAGAGAUCACCAGUCUUGGAACUACAGGAGGACACAUGCUUCCCACUGGCCACGCCCAUCUACCGCCGCUCCCUCCUCGGUCCACCCCCAGAGUCCAUAAACGUACCAGGAUACGAGGAAAAUUUAAACUUGAGGAUACUACUGAAAGUGAGACAAAUGACUAAAAAUAGAAUGUACUUUUUUCAUUAUUAUGGGCCGGCUUAUGAAGCAAAUCACUACUGCUGCUAAACUGGAGACAAAUUACAUAACCAGAGGCCCACCUGUUACUUAUAUAUGCUACUUAUUAUAUGACUAAUAUUACUACUACUUAAUUACAUUCAAUGUAAUUCCACAAAUUAAUGGGGAGCUCAUAGCAAAACGUGAUCAGAUUAUUUCCGGGGGUUGAAAUCGCAUUUGUCCAUCCUCGGUAAGGCACUUGUGGACUUAGAUUUGACAGUCUCGAACCAGUUGUGGUGCGCUCAAACAUCGCCGUUGAGUCGUGUUAGCAUUUAUUAAUUUCUCAGGGAGAAAUCAAAUGUGAACACCUCACUAAGUUUGUUCAUGAGAAGCAAACGUUGAUCUUUCUCAAUGAAAUACACAUAAAGUGUCACAAAAACCGAUAGCUGAUAUACAGCGGCUGGAAUAACUAUUUAACACAUCACCAUUUCACAACUCAUGGAAUAUACUUCUAAACGUGAUACUGAUCUAAAAUAUUACCACAUGUUGAAAACAAACCAAGUAAUCCAUACAUACAAAGAAAGUUUAACAAAUAAGAUCAGAAAUAGUUAUGUGUAAAAUAGUGAAAUGACACAGGGAAAAAGUAUCGAACACGUUAAGAAAGGGAAGUUAAAAUGCGCGGUACAACACAUAAAAUGUACCAAUUAUCAAACAGCAAUCUAGCCCCUACUGAGUGCAAGUUUAUAUCAGUUGGUUCAGUCCUUAUUGAAGGUCAACAAAAAGGUUUCAUUGCCAAGAUGUGAGUGAAGACAUCUUAUGAUGGGUAGAAGCACAGAGCUGUCUCGAGACCAGCAUAAAUUAAUUGUUGCAAAACAUAACAUUAGUUACAGGCGUAUAUCUAAGAUUCUGAACGUUUCAGUGAAAAUGGUUUGGGCCAUAAUAUGUCAUUGGAAAGCCCAACAUAACCACUAACCAUAGCCAAUUACAACCACCAAAGAUUUUUCUGAAUCAGGUGGUGCUCUGACAGAGGAGUGCAAAGAAUAAUAAGAAGUGUUGUCCAGGAGGCAAGGACUGCCUGUGGACAGCUUCCAAAGGAAUUGGAAUUAACAGAUACUCUUGUCAGUAAUGCACUCCACCGCCAUGACCAAAGAACCCAUUACUGGGGAAUAAAAGCAUGCCAACGCUCAAUUGAAAUUUGCUGAACAACAUUUGGACCAGCCAAUUAAAUAUUGGGGGAUCAUGGUCUGGUUGCAUGAGAGUAAAAUUAAACUGUUUGGAUGCCAUAAUUCAGAGCACCUUUGGAGGAGUAAUGGCACUGCAGAUCACCCUAAAAACACCAUACCAACAGAGAAGUUCAGAGGUGGGAACAUAAUGGUGUAGGUCUGAUUUUCAUCAUAUGGUACUGGUAAAGUUUACAAUGUUGAAGGAAGGGUGAAUUGGCAAAUGUACCGAGGCAUUCUUGACAAAAAUGUGAUGCCAUCUACGAGGAUGAUAAAAAUGAAACGAGGGUGGACAUUUCAUCAUGAUAAUGAUACAGCACGUACUCCCAAGUAAACUCUCAGUUGGUUUCAAAGAAAAUAAUAAAGCCCCCCAAAUGGCCCGGUGAAUCACCUGACUUGAAUCCAAUCCAAAAUCUAUGGAAAGAACUGAAACCCAAAGUCCAUAAAAGAAGCCGAUGUAACCUUAAACACUUGAAGAGUACCUGUGUGAAGGAAUAGGGCAAAAUAACACCCGAGGAAUGCAUGUGACUAGUUUCUCUAUACAGGAAGCAUCUUGAAACUGUCAUUGCAAACAAAGGCUUUUGAACAAAGUAUUGAAUAAAUACCAGUUGCAAAGUUCAAUACUUUUUCCCAGUAUCAUAUAACAAUAUUACACACAAGGUAUUUUCUGGUAUUUGUUCAACUUUCUUUGUAUGUUUGGAAUACAUAGGUUCUUUCUAACAUCUGGUGAAAUGUUUAUAUCAGUAGGACCUUUGGAAAUUUAUUUGAGAAAAAUGGUGAUGUGUUAAAUACUUCAGCCGGUGUAUCUGGUGAUAUAUUCCAUGAAUUUUUUUAUUACUAUUUGCUCUAAAUAGUAGUUAGCAUUUUAUCUGGUAUUUAGGUAUAUUAAACUGUACCUAAAUGAAUGAUAUAGACAAACUACAUUUAUUUCAUUACUUUCAUUUCAAAAUAAAUGUUUAAACCAA